UGCUCCUGCUGCCUGGGUUUGCUCGGCAGGUCCUUAGGGGAGGAGGCUGAGGUUAACCCCAGCCGCGCCAGCCUCCUGUGGACAGCGCUCGCCUGGUCUGCGAGAGGCUGCACAGGGGACAGGCUGCGGCGGUGGCCGUGCGCCAACUGUGAUGACACACUUACGCCAGAGCCCCGGGCGCCGCCUGCAGCCAUUUCACAGCCACCUGGGCCUCGAGGGUGUCCUGCAAGACACUGCCGGGGCCCGUGUGGGGCGGGUGCGUGUGCACCCCCGGGCCUCCCUUGGUCCCUGCUUGUUCCAGUCCUGGGGGGAGGGUGGUGACAUGAGUCAGCUGGAGCCCAGGCCCCACCUAAGCUGCAGCAGCCCUUAUCCUAACAGAGAAACUGAGGCCCGGGCUUGCCCACUGUGGACCUCUCUGGGUUUCCAGGCCGCUGCCUCUGCGACCCCAGGGGCCCAAGUGCAGCCGCUGCCCCUUUGCCGUGAAGCGCUCUCCUUCCAAGGCCGCGGCAGCCCCACCGCUGCCCCUGCCUCAGAUCUAGCCAGGGCACUCUGGAGUGACUCCCAGGCCCCGGCCGCCCUACCUGCCCUACCCUGGGGCUGCCUGCCCAGGGCUCCUCAAAGCCCAGCGCCCGAGGGUGGUGAAGCCCAAGGUGAGGCCCUGCCCCCACCCGCCCUGCCUCACAGCUCCAUUGUGAGGUCAGCACCUUCCGAAGGGUUCUGUCCAGAGGCGUGGACAUGGCCCCCUGUCCCCAGCCUGACUCCUGCCUGGUUGGCAGCCCCCUCGGCCUGAUCUGUUUGUCCCUUUUGCUCAUCCCUGCUGCAGCUGGAACCUACUGCGAGUGUAGCCUUGGCCUCAGCCGCGAGGCCCUCAUUGCCCUGCUGGUGGUGCUGGCGGGCAUUGGCGCCAGCUGCUUCUGCGCUCUCAUCAUCGUGGCAGUUGGCAUCAUUCGAGCCAAGGGUGAAACAUGCCCCGGACACAUGGACAACAGGUUGGUGGGGCACUUCGGAGCUCAGGAAGAUCACAUGGACCUGCACGCGGUGCACGUGGAGUCCCACCUCAUGGCCCCUGAAAUGGAGAUCUCCAUGACGCCGCCCCUGGAAGAUCAUGGCCUCACGACCAUCACUGUGGACUCGACCCUAGCGGAGCUGCCCCCCCAACCCCCGCCGCCUGAGUAGGGCUUCGGGCAGCUGGGGGAAGGGGAAUUAAACAGUAGUUAGCGGGUCUGCGUUGUCCUCCCUGCUGGCCCCCCUCGAGCCCUUCUGCAGAUGCAUCUUGGGGUGGGGGAGGGGUCUGUACCUA